UCGGCGAACAUGGCACAACCUCAGCCAACUGGAUCGGAUCAGCACUUGGAAGCUCAGAGUCCGCAAGUCGAUGGAUCUGGUCGCUAUGCCGAAGCCGUCAGCCCUUCUGUCAGCCCCGUGACAAGUCCAAUUCCCAGGCACACGUCUCCUAUGUCUGAGAUGAUGGUGAACACACCACCAAUUCCUGUCGAGACCACACACAACGGGUUCCCGGCAUCGCAGCAACAAAAGUACGCAUACAAUUCACAAGACUAUUACUCCGCGCCAGAAGUAGUAGAGCAACUUCCACCUCAAUAUCCUGGAUCGCCAUUCCCACAAGACAAGAAAGUUAUAUCCCCCGAUGUCCAUCCGUCACAAUUCUACGAGAGAGGGUUGUCGAGCGAGACCACCCCGGCAGCACCAGCCGCAGCCGAGCCCAAGAUAAUGGGUAUGAGGAAGAAGAUAUUCUACAUUGUGUUGAUAGCAGUGAUUGCAAUCAUCAUCUUUGCUGUGGCUUUGGGUGCGGGCCUGGGCCUCGGUCUGAAGAAGAAGGAGAACACGCAAGAGACAGAAACCAAGACCAUCGACCAACAUCCAUUCUGCAAGGAUAACCCCCAAUAUUGCGUAGGAGGUUACCUCAAUGCUGAGUACUACUCAAAGAGAGGAGCGUUCAACGGCAGCGGCAUAGCCUUGGCGGGCGAAUCUUGGAACGCCGGUCAACGAAGGAUAUUCACGCUUUACUUCCAACACCAUUCUGGCGAAAUCCGACACAUGCAAUACGGCACCGAUCAGCUAUGGGUUGGCGGUAAUAGUUCCAAUGUGGUAGCUACUGACGCAAAAAAUGGAACUGCCAUCUCCGCUGUGGCAUACACUCUCAAUCAGACAGGAUGGUUUCACAUCUUCUAUAUUGGCAAAGACGGAAAUAUGAAGCAGAUGUCGCAAAGCAACCAGACUAACAAGUGGGAAGAGGGAGCGCUCAACUCUCAGAAUCUCAAAGCCUAUGACUCCCCGAAGGUCGGUCUACAAGCGUGCUGGAAAGGCAACUUUUAUGGGGAUGCAGACUACGGUAAAAUCAUGCCCGGGGCCAGCGCCAAUGCUACCAAGUCCCAAUCCGCUUCGGCUAUAAAUCUUUGGUACGCAUCAAGCGAGAACACUUUCGAGCAAUACUCGUGGAUCAACGGACAGGACAAAUGGACCAAGCUCAGCCCAUGGCAAGGCAAGAAUGGACACGCCGGUGUGGGAUGCUAUAGUUGGGACGAAUGGUCGACGAGCACGUACACAAUGAUGGUCAAUCAGCAGAACGACCUUGAAAUUUGGUGGCGCGAUACCAACUCAACUGCCCCAUCCAGCGAUCAGCAUCCUCUCAACGCAUGGACAAACUCCAGCGGAGCUGCCAUCAACAGCGUAUCACCUAUGGCCAGUAUGGGAUACACCACCUAUUUCUAUACGCAGAUGGCAGAUCUCGACAUUAAAGGAUUUGAAAUCAAAUACGACAGUGAGAAAACAUACAUUCAAGACAACGAGACCUUUACUUUGACGGACCCCGCUGGGCCGGUGAAGGGACUCGCUGGAACGCACUUGACCGCUACGGCGUACACUGAGUAUAAGGACGAGGAGAAGACAGAAGAGGAAUGGAACUCUUUAUACGUGUUCUACCAGACAGUAGGCGACGACAUCACAGCAUUUCAGCGCGGUAUCAAGAAAGGACAAUGGACGAGCGCCAAACUACAGAUUCCCCAGGACUAAAACCCCCGAUUGCACACCAAACCAGGGUGAAAAAAAAACAGCGACAACCCAUCUAUAAUCUUGUAUGUGAAUCAGCAUGCCCCCAUUGUCGACUCGACGUUAUUAGUCAAAUAUCCGCGAAAAUGUCCACUCCCGCGAAUCCCGUCGGACACCACAUUUUAACCUCGCGACGUUUUUUUUUUUUUUUUUUUCCAUUCUGUUGUUGCUGCCAACGCCCACUUCGACUGCAUCCACCACGCUCGCUUCACCUUCUACAUUUCAAGCGCUUCUUUUUCCGUAAUAUACUAUUGAUCGAUUUAUUCAUUUUUGCUAUUCGCGCGCGCAACGCUGUUUACGCAGAAAACAGGAAGAUACCCUCACUCAGAAACACCCAUUACUUUCAAAUGUAUAUAUCUAUAACCCAAUGAAUUCUAAGCUAUACGAAUCGUGUUUCGCAUGCUACAAACCACAAUUGCUUUUUUUCUGUUUCCCCCUUUACCAUUUCAAAUUUGGCCAGAGGCCUUCGGUUUCACACAACAAAGGCGGCUCGCGGCUAUAACUUGAUUUGUCAGGCCUCAAGAAUCUGCCUGCGCCGCGAUUCAUUGUUGCUAUUUCCCCAAAUUACGCGCUUAACCUGACAGAUAAGUUUUACUUAAUGGGUUGGGAUUACGAAACAAGUAGUAUCGCCAAUUUCGAUCCUAGCGGGUGCACGGUUCGCUUUAUGAUUGGUGGGUGGUGCUUGUGCUUUUGGAGAUUCAGGGCAAUGAUGGGGAUGGCUGUGGGGGCGAGGACUUUACUUUGGGUGGGUAGUGUGAGGGCUCGUUCAAUGCAUGUUUUUGCACAAAGGAGUAAGACCAGGUUGUGCUGCUGUAAUCUGGAUGGGGGUUUGCUGUCUUCGAUCACUUUUC